CCAGGCGGAAGCAGGAAGUGGGAGAGCAGCGCUGAGCCCGCGGCGGUGCUGGUUGGUGCUGUGCGGCGCGCGUCCGGCUGGGGCGAUGGCGGAGAAGUUUGACCACCUGGAGGAGCACUUGGAGAAGUUCGUGGAGAACAUUCGGCAGCUCGCAUCAAUCGGCAGUGGAACUUCCACCUAGCAGCAGCCGGGCCUCAACCAGAAGCUGAAUUUUAUUGUUACUGGCUUACAGGAUAUUGAUAAGUGUAGACAGCAACUUCAUGAUAUCACUGUACCUUUAGAAGUGUUUGAAUACAUAGAUCAAGGUCGAAACCCCCAGCUCUACACCAAAGAGUGCCUGGAGAGGGCCCUCGCUAAAAAUGAGCAAGUUAAAGGCAAGAUCGACACGAUGAAGAAAUUUAAAAGCUUGUUGAUUCAAGAACUUUCUAAAGUAUUUCCGGAAGACAUGGCUAAGUAUCGAAGCAUCCGGGGGGAGGACCACCCGCCCUCCUAACUGCUCAUCCCUCUGUGACCAUCCCGCCGAGUCCUCUGUGAGUCACCGUGACCCUGAGUGCCGACGCCGCCUUCCUGCUGACUCGGGACUGGGCCUGGACCCGUGCCCCAGCCCCUCUGUCCUGUCGCUUGCCCUGGGGAUGGCAGGGCUGGAGAAGGAGCGGGAGCUGUGCCCCACCGACCGGCUGCGCGCCUGCCAUUGUCCAGCCUUCAGACUGGUGACUCCGGACACUGGGACGAUCCCUUCUGUUCUCUGGGCAGGCAGGGCAGGAAAACAGGCUUGGAAAUAACUAAAUUGAUUGGCAAAUUAAAAAUUUAAAAAAUUGUAC